UCUACAUAUUUCCUGAUUCCCUGAUCAGGAGUGUAUGUGUUAUUGUCAGUGAAAUUCACUACAGUACGUCUCUAUCUGUUCCUCUGCCUUCGCUCCAAGGGAGAACAGUGCAGUGCAUGCCCCGGGCUCCUAUCCUGGAUCAGCGUGUAGCUAUGCCAACGGCUUCCUUAUGUGCUCUCCUCAUCCUCGCCCUGCUGGGGCCCACUGUUCCUGGACAACAUCCAGAGGGGCUACCUGCAGGGCCCCUGCUGAAGGGCAGGCCAUUCACUGUGGUCUGGAACAUGCCCACAGCUUACUGCAAGGAGAGGUAUGGGAUAGACCUCGACCUGAGCGAUUUCGACAUCAUUCAGAACCAUCAUGAGAAAUUCCUGGGCCAGAACAUGACCAUCUUCUACCGCAACAAGUUGGGGCUGUACCCGUACCUCUCAAAGGGGGGCAGUGAAGUCAACGGGGGCAUCCCGCAGCGGGGUUUCCUCAAGCGGCACCUUGCCAAAGCCAAAUGGCAGAUUGAGGCUCUGCUGAGACCCCUCUUCCAUGGGCUGGCUGUGAUUGACUGGGAAGACUGGCGCCCCCUAUGGGCACAGAACUUUGGUAAGAAGAGGAAGUACCAACGGCUGUCAAAGGAGCUGGUGAGGGAGGAACACCCAGAGCUCCCCAGUGAGGAAGUGGACCGGCUGGCACGCAAGGAGUUCAACAAGGCUGCCAGGGAGUUCCUGUUUUCCACCCUCCAGCUAGGUGUCCAACUGCGGCCGACCAGAAGGUGGGGCUUCUAUGGGCUCCCAAGCUGUCCCAACUACCACAAGGUGCGACAUUUUUACAACUAUACUGGGCAUUGCCACCCCAAAACCACAGAGAGGAAUGACCGCCUGGACUGGCUGUGGAGCCAGUCUACUGCCCUCUACCCCAGCAUCUACCUGCCCCAGCAUCUGGCUGGGUCCAGUGAUGCUGCCCUCAUGGUCCGAUUCCGGGUCCUGGAGGCUCUGAGGGUGGCGUCAAAGUACCCCUCUUCCGUUACUGCCCCUCCUGUGCUGCCCUACGCAAGGGUGGCAUUUGCACACACUCUUCGCUUUCUCGACAAGAAGGACCUGGAGCACACCCUGGGGGAGAGCGCAGCUGUGGGGGCAGCUGGAGUGGUACUGUGGGGGGAGUUACAGUUUGCCAAAUCCAAGCAUCAGUGCAAGAUACUGAAGGAUUACAUCAGCUCUGUCCUUGGGAACUACAUACAGAAGUUGAAGAGAGGGGUGCAGCAGUGCAGCCUCGGCCUGUGCAGCGGGAAUGGGCGAUGUGCCCGUAGGAACCCCGACUCCGGACACACGCUGCUUUCCUUUUCCAGCCCCGAGCCCCAUUCCACCCGUGGCUCUGCCCAGCUCCACUCUGCCUUUCACUGCCUAUGCUAUCAGGGCUGGACCGGAGAGCUUUGCCAGGACAGAAUUCUCCAAAAAUAAAUACGUCAUUUUUAUUUUGUUGUUGAAACGAUGUCCUUGUAAUGUGUCUUCUAUACAUUUUUUUAUAUGAAUGGCUAAAAGACAGAAUAGGAAACUGUUUUAAGAAUCUAUUAUGGACAGCCAACAUGACUGCAUUUCCGAUUUGAUCAUUGCUAAGGAGAUGACUAACAAACAUAGCUUUGGAAACCUGACUGUCCUCAGAGAGUGAACUUUUGCUGAUUUCUCCGACAAACAAAGCUAUGCGUCCAAGUCUAAUACGGUUAUAAAAUAUUGAGAGAAAAAAUAUUUUUCCUCAAAAUACAUUAAAGGAUAGAACUAAAGAAAAAACAACAAGACUUAUCAAUUUUGUUAUUUGUGCAAAUCACAACCAUUUUAUGGACAACACAUUAUGGUCCUACUGUUUGGCAUAAAUUUAAGGAUUCAUGCUUUUAAAACUGUUGAUCUCACAAUCUGAUGUCAGGUUCAGUUUAACCAAAGGUGUUCUGAAUUUGUGCUUUGAAUGAAAUAAAAUAAAAUAAAAUAAAAUAUCCAGAGAAUAAUA